AGAAGAUCCAUGGAAAGUACUGGAAAGUAGUUAUAGAAGUUUCUCUAUCCAUCUAUGAUCGCUCAGAAGAGCGAGUACCAGAAAGAACCAGAAUCCCUUCUACUGUUUCCUUCUAAACUAUAUAAACCAUGCACUUGUACGUCGACUUCAUCAUCAAGAGUUGUUCUAAGCUUCUAAUUGUCUAUUCUCAAACAGAUAAAUCUUUAUUCAUCAACAAUGUCGCUCAUUCCAAGCCUUCUUGGUGCCCAACGAACAAACAUCUUUGAUCCCAUUUCUUUGGACAUCUGGGAUCCCUUCCAAGGCUUCCCUUUCGCUUCAGCAAGUGAUCAGAGCUCUGCGUUUGUGAACACGCGUGUUGAUUGGAAGGAGACCCCGGAGGCUCACAUUUUCAAGGCUGAUCUUCCUGGGCUGAAGAAGGAAGAAGUGAAGGUCCAGGUGGAGGAAGGCAGAGUGCUCCAGAUCAGUGGGGAGAGAAACAGAGAGCAAGAGGAGAAGAAUGAUAAAUGGCAUCGGAUUGAGAGGAGCAGUGGGAAGUUUCUGCGGCGGUUCAGGUUGCCAGAAAAUGCAAAGAUGGAUCAGGUGAAGGCUAGCAUGGAGAAUGGCGUGCUCACUGUGACUGUCCCAAAGGAGGAGGAGAAGAAGCCUGCUGAGGCUAAGGCCGUUGAGAUCUCCGGCUAAUUCAGAAAAUUCUUGUAUGGUGGAUCUAGCUUUUAAGACUGUUUUCUCCCUGAAAUAAUGAGUAUAUGAUAAAUGCUCUGGUUUGUUUGUCAAAGUGUGAAGUGAUCUGUGUGUGUUAAUCUUUGCUUUGUAUGGUUUGUUUCUUUUGAAAUGGUGGUCUGCAUCAUUGUAAUGUUAUUGGUAUGCUAGUGAGUUAAC